AUGUUAAACCUUAUAACUUGGAAUGUUCGUGGCGCAGCAGCUAAGGGAUUUCCCUUGCUUAUUAAAGACUUGGUGUAUAGACAUCGUGUCAGUUGUGUGGCUCUGUUUGAGACUAGGGUAAGUGGUUCUCGAGCUAAAGCCAUUGUAAAAUCCCUAGGCUUUGACCAGAGUUUUAUUGUGGAGGCUGAGGGUUUCGCUGGUGGUAUUUGGAUUCUCUGGAAAGGGCAUGAAGUACAGGUUGAAGUUCUUCGCGCUCAUCGCCAGUUUGUUCAUGCUUCCAUCACACCUUUUGGCUGCUCAAAUUCUUUUCUUGCCACUUUCGUUUCUGGUAGCCCGAAUUCAUCAAUCAGGAAUGUUCUUUGGAGCAGCUUGGUUGAACUCCAAGAGCGCAUCUCCCCCCCUUGGAUAGUGUUAGGUGACUUUAAUGCUUAUCUUGGUGCGGAUGAGAAGUAUGGUGGAGCAGGAGCCAAUACCUACUCUAUGAGGUGCUUCCGUGAAUGUCUAGAGCGUUGCCAGCUUUCUGACAUGGGGUUUAAAGGCCCCCCUUUUACUUGGACGUGGCGGGGAAUUAAGGAGAGAUUGGACCGGGCUGUCUGCGUGGAAGAAUGGGGGAGAUUGGAUGAGUGCUUCUGA